UGUGAUAACUUCAUGCACCAAAAUGUCCUUGCAGCCACUCAUAUCCUUCCUCAAAAGCAAAGAGUCUAUUCUGUUCAAUGCAAUUGUUGCCAUUCUGACUGUCGGCGGGCAACAACUUUUCUCUUUUUUCGCUUUCAGUUGCCCCUGCAGCCCCUAUAAGAACCUGAACUAUGGUUUAGCCUUCCUGGGAGUUCCCGCGCUAGUGCUUCUCAUAGUGGGCUUUGUUUUCAAUGACAACACAUGGAGGCUACUGAUGGGCUCCUCCAAUGGACAUUUAGUGCAAGAGAGAAGCAGGCAGAGCAUGACCCUGAAGUACAGGCUCAUCUGUUUUGUGUUUGGGAACAUCGCUGGCAGAGCAAUAGUGGCUCCCAUCACAUGGCUGGCUGUGACGCUGCUCAAUGGCUCAUACUAUGUGUGUGCGCUGAGUGAGUAUGCCAAUGUGGCUCAGUAUGACAUCCUGCGCUCACUCACGAAGGCCGAGAGGAGGCAUCUUCUUGCCCAGUUUCCCUGCGUGCAGUUUGUGCCUGCCAACUUCACUAGAGUCAAGGACGAGGUGAUCUUGGAGCUCAAGUACCAGUCCCAGGUGGCUGGAUGGAUUUUGGUUGGAGCUGUGACAGUAUUUAUAUUUACAACCCUCUGUGUAGCCAGAUGUUGCUCUCCACUAACUUUUCUGCAUCUCAAGUACUGGAUCAGAUAUGUGAAUAAUGAACAGAUACUCUUUGAGAAAGCAGUUGACCAGCACUCCAAGAUCUAUGCCUUGCUAAACAUCAAGAAAUUCUUUGGCUUUUCACCUGAAAAUAAGAUCAUAAGAGAAAUCCGUAUCCCCUCUCGCUCGGACUGGAGAAUGAUCUCUGGACUUGAUCUUUUGAAAACCAUUGAUGAUGAGCAUUACCAUUACAGUCUUCUCCAUUCAUGGGCUGACCUAGAUCCCGCAGAUGGGAAAUUAAUUCAUGUUGAUAUAGAAAACACCCCUGACUCAGGUUCAAACUCCUAAGCUUUUUUUUCGUGUCUUCAGAUUUGUUUUGUUUUUAAUUUUAUAGGUUUUUCUACAAUUGCUAAAAAUGUUAUUUCUUAUUUGUUUUCAUUAAAAUAUAUAAAGAACUAUGGAAAAGCACUGAGUAAACAUAUCACUUGUUGAUUUGUUUCAUGCCAUGAAUACAACACCAUUGUAUUGUCUCUUCACCCAGAACAGGAAAAAACAAUGCUGCCAAUGCUCAUUUUUACAUAUUUCACUCAAUCUUUAAGUAACUUGACAAGUGUUGAAACCAAAUGCUACUUAGGACCAAAGGCAACCCCCAUUUUGACCCCAAUUUAAAGGGCAAAUCUAAUAGGCCAUAAAAAAUAACAAUGUUGGUUUUCAAAAUCAGUUAUACGCAGUUUAUUUUAUACACAAUCAUAAUCCAUGGUAAGCCAGCCUACUAAUUAAAAAAACAAUUCAUUUAAAAAUGUAGCAGCAUGCCUGCAGGAUGGAACUUUGCGUGGUUAUAAACACUGCAUUAGGAGCAAUAUUGUAACUUCAUAUUAAACACGGACACGGAAACGGUUGUUUAAGUUUAUUCGUUUGAUUCUUGUUAAUAUGCAAUUUCCAAUGCUA